GUGCAUGGUUGAGGUUCUGGGUCAGCCAGAGGACCACCUGCUCUGUGCUGGCAAAUAUACCCAGUACUUCUUCAGUGAGGAGGAGGCUUCUGAAGGUCCAACUUGGAGGCUUAUGACGCCUGAAGAAUAUACAGCUGCGAACAGCGUGAAACCAGAGGAGCGUAACAGCUUCAUUGACCUGCCCAGCUCUCUGGAUGACCUGGUGAAUAUCUAUCCUGAAUGGGAUGCUGCUGAAUUUGAGGACAGGAGGGCUUUUGUGGACCUCAUGAAACGGCUGAUGCAUCUUGACGGGGAUCAGAGAAUCUCUCCCCAUCAAGCUCUGGAGCACCCGUUCGUCACAAUGUCCCACCUGAUCGAGCACUCUGGCAGCACAGCCUAGUAAGUGAUCGUGAUUCUGUUCACACUGGUAGUAGAAAACACAUCAUGUUGCA